AUGUCUAUGCAGCAGUAUCGCAAUGAAAAGAAAGUAAUUGAAGAGGCAGUAGCAAAAGUGCGUGAGGUGGUACGUACGGCAUCAAAGAACGACAUCAUUCUUGCACUUCAUAAUUUCGAUUUCGAUGUUAACAAAACUAUUCAAGCAUUUUGUGAUGAUGGUGCACAAAGCGCUUUAGGUUCAUGGAAGAGAUCAGGUACCUCGAAUAAAAAAAAUCAAAAGAAGAAGAAAAUGGCCAAGGAUCAAACAAUUACUGCAGCGUCAGUAUCUAUGCCUUCAUGCAUUUGUGCACCACAUUCUGCUCCUAGAACCCCAAAUGGAGUGAUUUCGUCACCGGUCAUCAACGGAAUUGUGGAAAUAGUGAAUCCACACAAGCGAUCUGAGACCGUACCGCUAUCAACUUCUGAAUCGCAAAAAUUAGUGGCCAAUGCUGGUGAUGCAAAAGUACCUUUUCCGUUCAAAUCAGCAACAUCGAACGAAGCCGAGAGUCUCGACAGUGAUCGUAGCGAUGGAGGUGCGACAGGAUUAAGGGACUAUGAUAGGCAGAUUGAAAAGAUAGAAACCGUUUUUGAAAACCAAAUUUCUAUAGCUGAAGAAAAUGUGAGGAAUUCAUUUAAGUCUAUACGUCAAAUGUUGGUUGAACGUGAAAGUCAUUUACUGGCGGAGUUACAACGAACGCAUGAUGAAGGAACACGGUUUUUCAAUGAACGUCGUCUACAAUCUUGUGAACUGUACGAUCGUGCCAAGCGAAUGAGCGCAAUGAAUGAUCGUGAACAAACGGAAUUGCGCGGUGAAAUUGCAAGAUUUAAUGCAGAAAAGCAAAACGAAGAAGGAAUUGCUCUUGCAUGUCGUUUUCACUGCGAUAAUGCUCAACUCAUCAAACUUGUUAAAAAUUUCGGCGAAGUGGUUGCUGUAAAUAGUACAGCCAUAAGUGAGACGAAUAUAGUAGCGCGUCAAGUGGGAAAUGUUGUAUCAGCAGCAUAUGUCAUGAAACAUUCGACGAGUCAUUCGUCUAUUGUAAGCUCACUCGGUGAAGACUCGGGCCUCGGACAAAUUAGCCCGGUUGGAAAUGAGGACCGUAAGAAUGUAGCGGAAAUUUCUAAUGGAGGAAUUUUGAUGAAAUCUGACGCUUUGACUGCUGAACAGCUUGCAGAUCUCAACAGAAAACUGCAGGAAUCGCUCAAAGCACAGGGUAUUGAUGCUUCAAUUUUAUCUGGUAUUGGUAGUAGGAAUGGAAUGCCAGUCAGACGACGACCUCCUGGGAAUGGACGAGGUGGACAGUCAAACUCAACUCGAGGAGGGCGAGGAAGAGCUCAGUUUAGCAGUGGUAACGGCAAAACAUCGCUUGUUCGCGUUCCCGAUCUUUUUAUUUUAGAAUCUUAA